AUGGUGGAUGCAUUACAGGUGUUGCCAUUGGAACAAGUAGCUGAUGCAGUAUUCCUACCUACUAUUACUUCUGGUUUUUAUUGUCUUGUUUCCUCUUCAGACACACUGCUCUACCCUUUUGGUCCUAAGUAUCAAGACAGAAGCACCCCAAAAGCAGACGAUGGAGCAUCUCCCCAAAUCUCAGUCUCUGAGUACUUCUACUUUUAUGGCAAGAGAUAUCAGUCCCUUUAUGUGAACAAUAACGGGGUGGUAUCAUUUGACAAACCCGUCAGCCAAUUCACUCCUGAUCCUUUUCCCCUGACCGAUGGCCGGGCUUUCGUGGCCCCAUUUUGGGCUGAUGUGGAUAACCGCAUCCAAGGUGAGGUGUAUUACAGGCAGAGCCAAGACAAGAGGCUGUUGCAGAGAGUCACAGCAGACAUCAACGCCUACUUCCCAAAGGAAAAGUUCAUUGCGACUUGGGCCUUCGUGGCCACCUGGGACCGAGUGGCUUUUUACGGAUCCUUGUCCUCCAAGGUGAACACAUUCCAGGCUGUUUUAACCUCCAAUGGUGAACUGUCUUUUGUUAUACUGAACUACCAAGACAUCCAGUGGAUAUCAGGGCAGGCAAGCGGUGGGGAUGUUCACACUGGUUUGGAGGGCACACCUGCUCAGGCUGGAUUUAACAGUGGAGAUGCUCACAACUACUUCAACAUCCCUGGAUCAUGGACUCAAAACAUCAUUAACAUCAGCUCAAUGAGUAAUAUCAUGGACCCUGGUCGCUGGGUUUUUGAAGUGGAUGUCUUUGCAGUGCCCAAUGGCUGUGUGUAUGGAGCUAAUUUCCUACCAGCCAGUACCAGCUUCUGGAUGGAGUCAGCCUGUGAGAAGAAGUGCCAGUGUGCAUCAACUGGGCAUGGGGUGACAUGCCAGACCAAGAGCUGUGCUACAGAUGAAGUUUGCCAAUCGUCUUCCUGGUAUCAUGUAUGCCAGCCUUUCCAUCGGUAG